AACAGUACCGGGCUUUUUUUUUAUCGCGAGUGCAAAUUUUGGUGUGAUUUCGUAAUUUAAAUAAAAGAAUCAUUAAUAAAUAAAUGAAAAUACAUAAAAAUCAUGUUAAUACCGAGAGUGCAAAACAUAAGAAGAUUGUGUGCUGCUGCCAAUACCUCGUUUUAUGUAACCACUCCCAUAUUCUAUGUAAAUGCGGCUCCACAUAUUGGACAUCUGUAUUCGGCCGUUAUAGCUGAUGCUGUAUGCCGUUAUGAGAAGAUAAGGGAUCCCGAACGGGCCCAUGUCGUAACCUUAUGCACGGGCACCGAUGAACAUGGCACCAAAGUACAACAAGCCGCCACUGCUCAUAACAUACCCGUUGAAAACUAUUGCCAAGAUAUCUCGUCCAGAUAUCGCAGCGUUUUUCAACAAGCUAUCAUACAAAACACUGACUUUGUUCGCACGACAGAAGAUCGCCAUAAAAAAGCGGUGUCGCACUUUUGGCAAACACUCAAAGAAAAAGAUCACAUAUAUUCCGAUAAUUAUGUGGGCUGGUAUUGUGUGUCGGAUGAAACAUUCUUAACUGAGUCUCAAUUACGUUUAGACGAAUCAUCAGGCCAAAGAUUUUCUUUGGAAUCAGGCCACCCCGUCGAAUGGACUGAGGAGCAGAAUUAUAUGUUCCGUUUAUCUAAAUUACAAUCUGAAGUAUUGUAUUGGCUGAAACAGGGUGAUAAGGUGAAACCUUUAAAAUUCGAAAAGAUUUUAUUCGAUAUGUUGUCUGAACCCUUGCCGGAUGUUUCGGUGUCGAGACCUGCUCACAGAGUACCAUGGGCUAUACCGGUACCUAAUGAUCCCACCCAAACAAUUUAUGUGUGGUUGGAUGCUUUAGUUAAUUAUCUGACAUCAGCCGGUUAUCCGGAUCCAAAGUUUAAAACAAAUUGGCCUCCUAAAUUGCAAGUUCUAGGAAAAGAUAUUUUGAAGUUUCAUGGAAUAUAUUGGCCCGCAUUUUUGAUAGCAGCAGGUCUAGAGCCACCACAACAGCUGUUUGUUCAUUCCCACUGGACUGUUGACGGCCAAAAAAUGUCAAAGAGCAAAAAUAAUGUGGUCGAUCCAUUAGUGGCUUCAGAAUUGUAUACCAUGGAAGGUUUGCGAUAUUUUUUGCUACGUGAGGGCGUUGCUCACAGUGAUGGCAAUUAUAGCAGCAUUAAGGCGAUGCGUAUAUUAAAUGCUGAACUUGCUGAUACUCUGGGUAAUCUUCUAUCACGUGUCUGUGCUAAAUCUCUGAAUCCCCGACAAAUUUAUCCUCGUGUCCAUACAGCACAAUUGCGCGAUAUACUAAAAACGGAUACAGCUCGUCAUUUGUGGGAUUCGUUAGAACAACUGGAUGACAAGUGCACUCAGCAUUAUAAUGAUAGGAAUUUUUAUAAGGUUGCGGAUUGCGUUAUGUCAACAUUACAUGCAGCUAAUAGUUUCUUUGAAACCUCACGUCCUUGGGAAUUGAAAUUGAAAACUAUCACCGAGAAUGAGAACAGAAUUAAAAUACCACUGCCUCAGUGUGAUGAGAAUGCCUUAAGGCUUGAAACCAUUAUGGCCAUGACAAUGGAUACUUUACGUCUGUGCGGCAUUGUGUUGCAGCCUCUGUUGCCGCAUCUCUCCACCCGACUGUUGGAUAAGUUGGGUGUGCCUUGGAAUCAGCGUUUGUGGAGAAAUCUUAAGGACCAUUUUGGUCUGGUGGCCAACAAUGUUAUAGAGCCACCCAUUGAAGGUUGUCUAUCACGUGGCGAUGCUGUGCUCUUUAAACGUAUCAAUCCGCCAGAAGAUGACGAUGAUCAGCAGCAGAAACCAUCGAAGAAAAACAGCCAAGCAAAAAAAUCAAAAGUGAAGAAAGGUUCAGAGAACAAGCAAAUUGCUCAAUAGUAGUGUUUUGCCACCAAAAGAAUAGGUCUGUAAUGAAUUUAUUUUACUGUUGCUGUUGUGUUCCUGCUUCUGAUGACCAUGAAUGACAGUUGCGUGCUAAAUAGUAACAAUCUGAUGCUUGACUUGACUGGAUGUUGGCCUCCAUUGGUUACAUGUUCUUUGCAAUUACUUACUCUUAACUGGCACGUAAUAACCCAUAGUUUGUUUUAUUUAUUUAACUCUAUUUUAUUUAAUUUAAUUUGAUUUCUUUUCCGAUAUUUUACUUUACCUUCUCGUUACUAAAGAAUAGCAUUUGUUUAUAUUUGUUAAUGUAAAGAAUCCAAACAAUAAAAUAGAAAUAAAAAUAUACAAUAAAGUGCGUGAUGCUGUUUAGUGCACGUAACUCUAAUAAAAUUUAAUUGUAUUUUACACAA